CCUUCAUCAUGGCAGACACUACGACGGAGACCACGCCCCCCAGCGUGGCAGAGACCACGCCAACAGAGCCUACUCCCCAGCCCGACGCGGUCGUCAAGAAGCGCAUCAUUCGCAAGAAGCGACGCCCCGCGCGCGUCCAGGUCGAAGCCGACAAGGCCAAGGAGAUUCAGGCCCAGUUCCAGCCCCAAUCCGGCACAACCUACAACAUUUACUACAACAAAUGGGCCGGCGGCGAUCGGGAGGACUCUUCGCAACAGGCGGCCAAGACACGGUGCAACCUUGCCCGCGACUCCGGCUACACCAAGGCCGACGCGCAGCCCGGCGCACACAUUUGUCUCCACUUUGCCCGAGGCCUUUGCCACCGUGGUCAAGACUGCGAAUACCUUCACCGCCGACCGACGAUUCAUGACAUCACCCCCCCUCAGAUGGACGUUUUCGGUCGCGAGAAGUUCAACGAUUAUCGAGAUGACAUGGGCGGUGUUGGUAGCUUCUUGCGGCAGAAUCGGACGAUCUAUGUUGGUAAAAUCCAUGUCAGUGACGACAUCGAGGAGGUUGUUUCGCGUCACUUCGCCGAAUGGGGCGAGAUUGAUCGGAUCAGAGUCUUGACUAGUCGUGGUGUUGCAUUUGUAACCUACAAAACCGAAGCGAUGGCACAAUUUGCCAAGGAGGCUAUGGCCCACCAGAGUCUCGACCACAACGAAAUUCUGAACGUCCGCUGGGCCACGCAGGAUCCCAAUCCACUGGCUCAGAAGCGGGAAGCCCGCCGCAUCGAAGAGCAAGCCGCGGAGGCUAUUCGGCGCGCCCUGCCGGCGGAAUUCAUCGCCCAGAUCGAAGGCAAGGAUGCCCAUGCGAAGAGACAAAAAACCAGCUACGACCUCGAGGGCUAUGAUGAGCCGGACCAGGUACGCUUUGCCGUGGGUUUGCGGGGAAAUGGAGACGAUCAGCAUGAACAGCUUGCACUGCCGGAACCGCAGGACCAGCACCAGCCGGAGGAAAUUCCGCCGGCGCAAGUCGCGCAGGGCGGCAUCUUCUCCAGCAGUACUCUGGCCGCAUUAGGGGCUGCUCGCGCGUCGGUUUCGGCCAAGCCUCAGCAGGUCGCCUCAUUACAGUCGCUGGUCGCCUACGACAGUGAUGACGAGUGAGGCAGAUGGGAUAGAUGGGCCUCGAAUGAUGACGGUUGAUGGGGACAUGGUCCCUAUGGCAGCAUCUGAGCUCAUUGCCGAUCUGUCCGGUGUCCUUCAACCACCCCAGCAUCAAGUGCGGCCAAUUUCCCUGGGCAUGGUGGUCAUGGCUUCCCACCUUCACAUGUUUCUAGAUACGCCGCGGCACCUGCUGCCGGCGACCCCGGCCAAUCGCAGGGCGCAGGCGCCCACUACAGAUCAGGUGCCAUAACUCUGGUCAGGCGAGCAACCUUGUCCGUCGGAGCGCAGUUGAAGCCGGGUAUGCAACAGGCACAACGGGAUACGCAUACCGGGGGUUGCAAUGCGCGGCCAAGGCUCAAGUUCAUCGCGGGACCGGCAGUCCAGUCUGUAUCUGCUCUGUACGCCGUGUAAUAUUAUGGUAGAUUAGCAAAGUAGCCAUUACAACCACUAGCUUCG